AUGGAUAAUGCUGAUGUGACUGAGAUCUUGGACAGCACGACAAGGGAGCCCGAAAACGAGGUGGCGCGCGUGGUAGCCGGCCGUUCACGGUUGCGCCCUGUCAGCGGCACUUCAAAUGUUCAGGUUGGCAAGGACCUCUUUGCGGAUAAAGUGACAUCCAUCAUAUUACAGAAGGGAAAGGCCGUCUACUUUGGCUGGUACCGCCAGUACUUUUCCUGGCUGUACCCUAUAGAAAUCACGGAGAACUGGAUGACUGCGGUGAAGACCAGAUGCGCACAACAUCACGAUGAGCAUGACAACAUUUUGAGGUCGGACAAUUCAACUCGCAUCCAUUGA